AUGGUUAGUAUGUCAAGUCUUUUUGGCGAGAUAUGCCAAUUAUUUUGUUGUCCUCCUCGACCUUCUCACAUCGUGGCGAAAUUGGCAUUUCUACCGCCACCACCAACUUACUCUAUCAUAUCAUCAGCUAAUGACUCUACAUGUUGUAUUGAGUUCAAGCCUGAAGCUGGUUGGCAAAUAUCCGAGGACAUAAAAUCCAAAUUAACAGUUUUCUAUACGUUGACGAAGCGUCAAUCUCGAAUUGUUUGUAUGCAUAUUCCAGCAAGUUCUGUUGUCUCACCUUCACAGUUCUCAUCAAAUAUAUCCUCUCGUCGUGGCCUUUCUGGCCAGUCAAGAAUGAGAAGUCCCGCACUCAGUGUUAGUUGUCCAACUCUUACAGAUGAAGGUCGAUUCGGAUCGGCUCAACAUAACUCACCACAUCAACCAACUUAUACGGUAUUAUUCAGUCAUGGAAACGCAGUUGAUAUUGGUCAGAUGGCUGGAUUUCUUCAGUCACUAGCAUAUCGUUUCAGUGUAAAUAUUCUAUGUUAUGAUUAUUCAGGUUAUGGCGGGAGCUCUGGUCAACGGUUAGAAGAGAAUUUAUAUGCUGAUGCUGAUGCAGUAUUGAAUGAAUUACGUGAACGAUUUAAUGUACCACUUAAUCGUAUUGUAUUAUAUGGACAGAGUAUUGGGACUGCUCCAACAGUUGAACUAGCGACUAAAUAUAAAGUUGCUGGUGUAGUUCUUCAUUCACCAUUCAUGUCUGGUCUACGCGUUGUAUGUCCUGGAACAACUAGACGUUUCUGCUUUGAUCCAUUCACAAACAUUGAUAAAGUAUCUCGGAUUCUUUCACCAACAUUAAUUAUCCAUGGAACUGAUGAUGAGAUCAUUGGUAUAGAUCAUGGAAGAGAAUUAUAUUCUCGGCUUACUAAUCCUCUUGAACCAGCUUGGAUUGAAGGAGCAGGUCAUAAUGAUAUCGAAUUAUUUUCUGAAUAUGCAACUCGUUUAGAUCGAUUUUUUAAUGAAGAUAUCAUUGAUACAGAGUAUAGUGGAAGUCCUUCAAAUAUAAUCUCUUCUGUAGAAGAAUCUCUUCAUGCUGAAGAAGCUUCAGAUAUUACUCAGCAAAUAUCUGAUCAUAUGAAGUCUUCCACUGUGUUGAAGAAAAAUGCUAUUUCAAGUUCUCAAUCAUCAACUUAUGGUAAUAUCUCUGAGGUUCCUGAUGGUGGUGCCUUGGAUACGGCGACAUCGAGUAUGUCUACGGACUCUACUUCAAGUGCAACAACUGUACAAAAACUUGAGUCUAUCACUGGUGAUGACGCUGCAGGCAUUUAUAGUGACAAUGAGAAGGUUAACACAAACGAUGAAGUGUGUAAUAAUACAGCCCCACAUUUAACUAACUCCUCAGAUACUUUGAACAAAAUUAAUUACUUGUGGUUACUGCUGUGUGUGUAUUUUGAUUUUGGAAAAACCUUUUUUUCUAUUCAUGAAAUCAGCAUGGAUAUUUUUAUGGAACCUGCGGUUAUCAAUAAUCUUUUGCAUUACACAUAG